AUGCCUAUACCGGCAACUUCUAGUCCUCCAGUGCUGCCAACUAGCGGUUACGCAUUGUCAUAUGGUGCCAGCGGUGCGCCGAGUGGGAACCGUAAGAGCCGACAUAUCAUCCAGCCGUUGAAUGCAUCCGGGACACAUAUAAGUGUUCCUUUGCGACACCCACUGAGCAACGCUGGUCCCAACACAAGUCCCACUGUACAAAGCCAGUCUCGGGAGGCAAGUAUUAUGCUACCCUUGAACACCAUCUCUUCCUCCGGCUCGGCUGGAGGUGGAAAUGCUCCCUGUUCUUCGGUGGCUAGUGCCGCAAUAGGCUCUACCACCUGUUCACAGACCCCCAUGGCUCCAAGUGGACAUAGCCCUGUUCCACAAUCUUCGGUAACAACUGGAAUGGCUAUCAGACAGCUGGGUGUGUCCACAACGUCGAACAAUCCGAAGACCAAUAGCACAUUAUCGAUCCACUCCACAACCGUGCACCAAGAAGCUAGCUCUGUGCAGCUAGGGAACCACUCUAAACAGGAUGAUGGCUUUAGUCAGUGUAAGAACUUUAUUUAUUUAUCUUCAUUAUUUUCGAAAUAUUUUUAUUUUUAG